UCAACGUGCCAUGCCUUGAUGAGGACAUUAAAGGAACAAGGGGAUUAUGAACGUUUGUUCAAAAUCUUAGAGGACAAGAUUAAUUAUGGCAUAUUUUUAGAUGAUUAUACUUGCAAUUUACUGUUGGAUCAUUUCAUCCAUAACAAUCUGUACAAAGAGGCUCUAAGGAUAGUGUCGGAUAUAAUGUUACAAGAAAAUUUUGACCACGUUAUAACCAGGUCAUUGUCUUAUUAUGCCUGCCACCAAUACAUAAAAAAUUUACCUGAUAUUAAAAUCAACGCACCUCCAAAAGUUCCAGAUGUUAGUGUCUGCCAAAAAGUGCCUUACAUUGAAAAUCCUUGGUACGAUGAUCAUUUCGAUCUCUAUUCCGACAUCUUAAAAUUAGGGAAAUCGUUGGUCAUGUUGGCCGGUUCAUAUGCAGAUGUAGUAUCAAGGGGAUAUCUUGUAAUUGGUUAUUUACUCUACCAAAAAGUUGACAAAGCUUUACAAGUCCUUAAAUGUUACAAAGAGAAACAUGACGGAUUAAUGUUGUUGGAAUAUCAUGCUGUAAAAAACUGUCUAGUAAACAAAGGUUUGGUCCAAAAAGAGGACAUAAUUGACAAGACACUAGAUCAAAUAGUCAGAGAUUCAAUUUCAUCAGAAGAAAAUAAUCUCAUACAAAACCAAAAAAAUAUAUAUGAUACAUGGAAUAAGGAGAGAAAUAGGCUUAUUGAAGAUCGAGAAAGGCAACUGAAAAUAAAACUGAAAAAAGAUGAAAUAGCCAAGAAGCUAAUUGAUUUAACUCAAAAAGAAGAAAAACUAAGAUUUUAUGAAGAAAAAACAAAUAUGGAAUUGAAGAUUUCAGAACAGCCAGAAUUUCCCAAAAUCAAAGAUGUUGUUUUAGAAGAACAGUUUGUAGCUCCACCUGGAGAAAGAAAAUCUAUGGAAGGAGGAAAAAAGAAAUCGAGAUAA